AUGGGAACGCAAGACUCCGGCUUCCUGCCAAUCUCCUUCUCUUCAACAUUUCCACAACAGGCUUUCAGGCUUGUGGAACUGCCCCCGGAGUUGGUUGCAUUAAUUGAAGCAAGAAAGGAGAUCCGUCUUCCUAGAUUACAAUUCAAAUCAGCAGGCCAGCCACUCCAGCAUAAUAGCAGCCACUCAUCAUUGGGCGGUCAUGGUUCUGCUGGGGCCACAGCAACAUCUGAAGGCUUUCUCCACCUAUGCAGCGAGGAGAAGGUUUGGGCGGUGAAGCAAGUCAGCACGAGCAACACUGUCUUCGUGACGAAAGCCUGUGAUGCGCCUAUCAAUGACAGAGAUCUUGAAGGAGAUGUCGACAUGGAUGAAUCUGAAGAGGCUCCACCUGCCGAGGGCCGCGACGACAUGAGUGGGACCGGAAAGCCAUCGAAAGGAGUCACUACGAUCGCUGAAGUGAAGAGCAUCCUCGAAUUAAUCCCAGUGGAGCCAUCGGAAGAUUCCGUUCAGGAACAAAUGCUCUCAAUGGUGCAUGCUCUGACUGAUCGUUCAAUGGACGUCCAUCUCUCUGAGCCUCACGACAGGACAUCAUAUAGUUUCCAGGAAGUACUGGAUAACAUUCCCGCCCCCACCGCGGUCUGCUGCCGGGUGGCCAAGAAUCUGUUGCUCAUCCACGAUCCAGCAUCUUCAGACCCAGCACGAAAAAUCUGUUCAUCCGCGGAACCGUCGCUCCUGCUUUCUGCGUGGAAAGAGUUCAUGCAGCAGUGCAUCAUCCUCGGAUACAAGAUUGAUGCACCAGCUAGAGCACAAACACAUUCCGAACCGCCAACCUUCAGCACGGUCUUCCAACAGCUGGAAGAACAACACGACCAAGGCCUUAACGCCACUGCCGGCGACUUCCCAAGCACGCUCAUCCGCGCCAUCUUACGCCGUUUCAAGACAAGAUCGAUACUAGUCCCAAAAUCAAGCCUCGACGACAUGGGAAAGGACAUGCUCGACGACGAGUUCGACUGGGCUGCCGAGCCUCUAAACAGCGGAUGGGAUGCCGAACAUCUAACACUGAAGCUCGGAGAAUGGCAGCUGCAGAAUCUCCUCAUGCCCGACAUCGGGUCGACAGACACCAGCAAGAAGGAUAUCCGCACCGACGUCUUCCUCGACACGCACUGGAAAGAUCUGGUCCCGGACUCGUGGCACCCGUUCUGCAGCGUCGACGCUCUGCUCGCACUGAUGAACAGAACCUCCGCCGUAGUCGAACUGUUCAAGGCAUCUGUCCCAGACGAGUUCGGUAUACCUGAGCAGAAGGACUUCAUUCGGGUUGCAGGCACAGGUACAGUGCAGGGCAUGGGGUCGGGGAUCAAAGCAAUAAGUGCUACGACGACAGGCGGUGAUCUUGGGAGGGUGUCGGCUGAGACUCUCGCUGCAGCAGCAGCCAAGAAUCAGAAGAAGAGAAAGUGGCACGAGAAGUUCGGCGCGCAGAGGAAUGCUGCAAGCAAGAAAUAG